UGCAGCCUCAGUCUCCAGUGCGAGAUUGAGAUGGGAACACGAAGCACAACCACAGGAGAGGAACGGGGAAUGUCUGGAUAAACUGUACAUUGACACGGAACCGCGAAAACAUGGGGUGACAAGGCAAAACAAAUUAGAAUUAAUUAUCAAUUUCGAAUAGCAACAGGAGAAAGGAAUUUUGUCGUGGGAAAAUUAUAUCGUUCGCGGGUUUCUCUCUUUUUAUGCCAUUCUCCUUGGACGCUGCUGGUACAAAGGGCUAGGAACAACUGGAGGCGAUAAUGGAACAGGGAUGUUGUCAUGUGAAUGAACGAGGAUCAUCAAUGAUGGAAUAAAGUGAAUUGAAUAAGAAAAUGUAAAGUAAGUAGUUGCAGAGCCGUUAUCACUUUCUCAUCACACGGAAGAUCCAGAUCCGCUCUAGAUCCUGAUCAUCCGCUCAGGAGGACAGAUGCUGUCAUUGUGUCGAGACAGAUUUUUUUUUCUCAUUCUGCAAGUGGCCUUUCAGGAAUAAUGCAGAACAGGCGUUUGACUGGAAAUACUUAUAUUUCUAUUGUUGACAAUACAAUAUAUUUUGUCUGCGAAAUCGGUAAAGACGUGUGACAACAGUUAAAGUGUCCGUUUUUGAACCGCUUUAUCAUACCAUUAAAAUGAAUGGUUUUUUUCUAUUGUAGAUUCUCUAGGUACAUUCCGAUUUUCCCCUGUUGGAAACUGGAUGAUAGGCGAGAAAUACGGCUACUGGUGACAUCACCCGGGUCAGAUCUGUAUUGCUAUACAGUAAAUGUCAACAAUGGUGGAGCCGGUGGGAUUUAUUGAAGCGUGGAAAGCUCAGUUUCCCGAGUCAGACCCCCCAAAGAUGGAGCUCAGGUCGGUGGGGGGCAUUGAGCAGGAGCUGGAGAAGUGCAAAGCCUCCAUCCGGCGGCUGGAGAUGGAGGUGAACAAGGAGCGUUUCCGUAUGAUCUACCUGCAGACACUGCUGGCCAAGGAGAGGAAGAGUUAUGACCGCCAGCGCUGGGGUUUCAGGAAGGCCCAGAUGAAUGAGGUAGGGGACCAGGCAGGGCUGGGCGCUGAGUCUCAGCAGCCACACGUACAGGAACAAGGGGAGCGGAGCCGGUUCCAACCGGUGGGGGAGGCCAGGUCCAAACAGAGACCCCCUACAGCCCGGAAGUCAGCCUCCCACAGUGACGAGCUGGAGCUCCAGUCUGCCUUCGAGGUGCCCCAGCAGGUAGAGCCCUGCGAGACAGACGGCCUCUCGCCCUCCAAACAGAAAGGGGGUAUCUCCCCUCGCCGUCCAAACCCACCCUCAAACAAGGACCUAGCGUCUGACCCCAAUGACAAGCUUGGCAUGGGGCUGGGGGUGGCAGCGCUGAGGUCCAACUUUGAGAGGAUCAAGCGGGCCAACUCUCACUCUGCCGGGGAUGGAGGGAAGAGCCAGGAGAAGCAGCAGCAGCCCUUCUACACCAACAUGGAGUUUCACCAUGACAGGGGCCUGGUCAGGGUCAACGACCGAGACGUCUCUGACAAGAUCAGCACCCUGGGCAGCCAGGCCAUGCAGAUGGAGCGCAAGAGGUCCCUGCACUCUCUGCCAGGCAACCUGGCCACUGUGGCAGGCGAGCUCCGCACCCGCCCUGUCUACAGAGGGCGCUCUACAGAGAGCACUUGUGGGUACGAUGCUGAGUAUGAGGAUGGGGACCCCAACCCACGCCACCCCAAGACCAACGGGGGCAAACAGCCCCCUCCACCCCCAUGGCAACCCUCUGACUUCCAGCCUUACACCAGCGUCUACGUGGGCGGGGUGAUGAUGGGCGAGGGUGGGGGGGAUGGGAAAGGGGGCGUCACCAUGAGGAACCACGUUGGAGACGAGCACCACCUGACCUGGCCCCGGCGCUCCUACUCUCCUGGGAGCUUUGAGGACGUGGGGGGCGGAGGCGGCGGCUACACACCAGACUGCAGCUCCAAUGAGAACCUUACGUCCAGCGAGGAGGACUUCUCGUCUGGCCAGUCCAGCCACGUGUCGCCCAGCCCCACCACGGCCUACCGCCGGCCUUUCAGGGAGAAGAGCCGCUCGCCCUCGCAGAACUCACAGAACUCCCAGCAUUCUAUUGACAGCAGCAGCCCCCCCACGCCACAGUCCCAGAAGCGUCCCCACCGCCAGCAGGGCCAUGUGGUCAUGUCCGAAGCCACCAUCGUGAGCGUCCGUAAGACCGGCCAGAUCUGGCCCCCGCUCGACCCGGACACCACGCCGACCAGCAGAGCCCCUCAUGACAGCAGUUUCCAUGGAGACCUGGACGGUCCGUUCACGGGGACCCCUCCCACUUAUGGUUAUGAUGCAGACCGUGCAGAGGAGCAGAGGCGCCACCAUGACAUCCUGCCCUACAUCGACGACUCGCCCUCCUCCUCGCCACACCUCAGCUCUAAGAGCCGCAGCAGCCGAGACACCCUCUCCUCUGGAUCCCUUGAGUCCUCCAAGUCGACGGAGUUGGACCUGGAGAAAGGCCUGGAGAUGAGGAAGUGGGUUCUGUCUGGGAUCCUGGCCAGCGAGGAGACCUACCUCAGCCACCUGGAGGCACUGCUACUGCCUAUGAAGCCUCUGAAGGCAGCAGCCACCACGUCCCAGCCAGUGCUGACCAUCCCCCAGAUCGAGACCAUCUUCUUCAAAGUGCCUGAGCUCUACGAGGUCCACAAGGAGUUCUACGACGGCCUGCUCCCCCGGGUGCAGCAGUGGAGCCACCACCAGCGUGUGGGGGACCUCUUCCAGAAACAGGCCAGCCAGCUGGGAGUGUACCGGGCAUUUGUGGACAACUACGAGGUUGCCGUGGAGACGGCGGAGAAGUGCUGCCAGGCAAACACGCAGUUCGCUGAAAUCUCUGAGAACCUCAAGGUGAGGAGCACCAAGGACGUGAAGGACCAGUCAGCCAAGAACUCUCUGGAGACUCUCCUGUACAAGCCAGUGGACAGAGUGACCCGAAGCACCCUGGUUCUGCACGACCUGCUCAAGCACACGCCCUGCAGCCACCCGGACCACCCCCUGCUCCAGGACGCGCUCCGCAUCUCCCAGAACUUUUUGUCCAGCAUCAACGAGGAGACCACGCCCAGACGCCAGUCCAUGACCGUCAAGAAGGGAGAGAACCGCCAGCUGCUGAAGGACAGCUUCAUGGUGGAGCUGGUGGAGGGAGCCAGGAAGCUCCGUCAUGUUUUCCUCUUCACCGACCUGCUGCUCUGCGCCAAGCUCAAGAAACAGAUCGGAGGGAAGAGUCAGCAGUAUGAUUCCAAGUGGUACAUCCCUCUGUCAGACCUGACCUUCCAGAACGCAGAUGAGUCAGAGCCUCUGCACAUCCCCCAGGUGCCUGACGAGGAGCUGGACGCCAUGAAGGUCAAGAUCUCUCACAUCAAGAGUGAGAUCCAGAGAGAGAAGAGAGCCAACAAAGGGUCAAAGGUGAUUGAACGGUUGAGAAAGAAGCUGUCCGAGCAGGAAUCUCUUCUGCUGCUCACCUCCCCCGGUAUGGCCCUCCGAGUACACAACAGGAACGGCAAGGGUUACACGUUUCUGAUGUCAUCCGACUACGAGCGGGCCGAGUGGAAGGAGACGAUCCGGGAACAGCAGAAGAAAUGCUUCAAGAGCUUCUCCCUGACCUCCAUGGAGCUACAGAUGUUGACCAACUCCUGUGUGAAGCUGCAGACUGUCCACCACAUCCCGCUCACCAUCAACAAAGAAGGUCAAGAAGAUGAAUCGCCUGGCCUCCAUGGAUUCCUGAAUGUAAUCGUCCACUCUGCCUCGGGCCUCAAACAGAGCCUGAAUCUGUACUGCACGUUAGAGGUGGACUCCUUUGGCUACUUUGCGAACAAAGCCAAGACGCGGGUGUAUCGGUACACCACAGAGCCCAAAUGGAACGAGGAGUUUGAGAUAGACCUGGAGGGCUCUCAGACCCUGAGGCUGUUGUGUUAUGAGAAGAGCUACAACAAGACCAAGCAGAUCAAAGAGGACGGAGACAGCACCGACCGCAUCAUCGGCAAAGGACAGAUCCCGCUGGAUCUGCAGACGCUCCAAGGCAAAGACUGGCAGAGGACGCUUAUCCCCAUGAACGGGAUCGAGGUGAAGCUCUCUAUGAAGUUCACCAGCCGGGAGUUCAGUCUGAAGAGGAUGCCGUCACGGAAACCCAUGGGCGUGUUCGGAAUCAAGAUCUCCACGGUGACCAAACGGGAGCACUCCAAGGUGCCCUACAUCGUCAGACAGUGUCUGGAGGAGAUUGAGCGGAGGGGGAUGGAGGAAGUGGGCAUCUACCGGGUCUCAGGGGUGGCUACAGACAUCCAGGCCCUGAAGGCUGCCUUUGACACCAACAACAAAGACGUGUCUGUGAUGAUGAGUGAGAUGGAUGUGAACGCCAUCGCCGGGACUCUGAAGCUGUACUUCAGAGAGCUGCCAGAACCCCUCUUCACCGAUGACCUGUACCCCAACUUCGCAGGAGGCAUUGCCCUGUCUGACAGCGUUGCCAAAGAGAGCUGCAUGCUGAAUCUACUGUUGUCGCUGCCAGAACCCAACCUGGUCACGUUCCUUUUCCUGCUGGAUCACUUGAAGAGGGUGGCUGACAAGGAGAGCAUCAACAAGAUGUCCCUCCACAACCUGGCCACGGUGUUUGGCCCCACCCUGCUGCGUCCUGCAGAGAAGGACAGCAUGAUCCCCACCAACCCCACGCAGCCUAUCAGCAUGGGAGACAGCUGGUCCCUGGAGGUCAUGUCACAGGUCCAGGUGUUGCUGUACUUCCUCCAGCUGGAGACCAUCCCCACGCCGGACAGUAAGCGUCAGAGCAUCCUCUUCUCCACCGAAGUGUAGAGGGUUCCACAGGGAGAUAGAGACUCAAACCCAUUUGUCCAUUUGGGAAGGCCACUGAGAGUGAGAAUGGCCCUAGCUGGACUGGACUGCAGCAGGAGAUUUCUUCGCCGUUGAUUCUGGACAUAUCCUGCAGAGGGCGCCACCACCCCCUCCGAGAACAAGAGGUUGACACCAGUACCACACAUCUGAUGAUGAUAAUGCAUUAUUACAUCACACCCAAUAGCCAGUGUGACUCUCUGUGCCUGGCUGACGCAACAUAUUCUCCUCUCCUCCUCGCUCUGUCUUUUCGCUCUCAUGUCAAAGCUCCACAGCUUGUGUACGGUGUCUGGAAUGAAUGCUACUACUGGACAUGCCCGCUGUAACCACAAAUUAAACACUUCAAUUUGAUGUAGGGGAAAAGAGUGUCCCAGGUUAGUUUUGAGUUUUUUUGGUAUCGGCUCCUGCUUGGUAAGCAGAGAAACAGCUAUUGUUUAACUUAUGACAGAUUCUGUGAUUUCUCAUCACACUUUUGGGCUUCUCCACUUUAAGUUAUUGUUGUUGAAGGUAAUUCUCAGUUCUUCUCGAUUUAGUUUGAAGACUUAUACAGGCAGAGCAGAAAUGCAAUGCUUUUGUUGUUUUCGUUUUGCACUGUAUGCCUCUUCAGAAAUAGCCAGAUUGUGAUGGACAUCACAUACAUAGUAUAUUUGUUUUUUGGACAAUUAUGAAGGCAAGAGCCUGCGCUGCGUUUUGUUUAGCCAUCUCAAAUGUUUGAGUUAUUUCUUAAUCCACCGCUGGAGAGAUUCAAUCCGUAUGUUUUACACGUGAUACACUGGGACCACAAUGCUAAGGUUACGUUGAAAAGGAACCAUCUGGGUCCUCUGAAGAGGUUCUGAUAGGAACAUCCAGAGCUGCCAGGAUCACCACACAGUUGUCCCAGGAAUCCAAAACUCACACACACACACACACACACAACAACAACAAAAGUGUAUACAAGAUAAACAAGCCUUGGACAAACACAGAGAGACUGCAAGAAAAGGAAGAGUUGACAGAAACGGGUGAUCUUUCUAUAGAUUAUAAAAGGACUGCCAACAGUUUGGACCAUAAAGCAAUUCUAUCUAGUUGUGUUGUUUGUGUCUCAAGUAGUCCUUAUUUUAAAUAUCCGGGAAGCAAUAUAUUUUCUAACAUAGGAUUUUGUCUGCGUUCAUAUCUUUGAUCCGGAGAUGACAUAGGAGAUCUAGCAAAAAUAAUCUGUUUGGCUUUCUUUCUUUUUUUUUAACACAAUUGUAUUUACAGAUAAAUUAUUUACAUAAUCGUAAAGCUGUAAUUUUUGUAUGUUACUUGUUUUAACAGUGUAAUAAUCAUUGAUAUGAGCAUAAUUUAUUUUGGGGGUGGGGGCCAGAUGCAACAUCUCUUUGUUCCGAUUUGAUGAAGAAAGUGGUAGAGGUUUCAGCCUUGAGUCCUGGGGUGAUGGCAGAUCAUAUCCUGCCUACGUAACCAGGAUGUAGCCUUGUUGUGGGAAUAACUGCAGUUUUGUCCAGCCUUUUGUUAGCCAUUUAUCCAUCAUGAAGGUAACACUCCCUCUAUGAUUUUGAAUGCUGCUGUGGAAAUGUCACAACCUCUCUUCAUCUGUUGGGUAACCUUCCCGGUGAUUGUCCUAGUCCACUACCACCGGCCCUGAAAUCUUGCUGUGUUACUGAAGUAGUAAACAAAACGAUACAUUUAGUAGUAUACAGUACAUACAAUAACGUGUUUCCUCUUGUCAACUGUCUCAGUGGUCUUGUAAAAGUAAUUAUCAUGUAAAUUAAGGUAAUUUGCCUAUUUCAAAUUGGUUGUUUUGAUUUGCAGGCGCUCUACAUUUUUGUCUAAAGUGAACCAUUCUGUUGCUUUUAUGAAAGAAUACUUGUUUAUCCUAUUUUCACCAAUAUUUUGGUGGGUGUUUGGACAGCUGUCUUAAACCGUCCCCUACACCCCUCCUGUCUGCCUGAUAGUAACCCACAAAAGGGACCUGGAAAAGAAAAUGCUCUUAGAAUAUUUUGUUCAGAAAAAAAAAGAGAAGAUUAUAUUAGUAGGGUUUUAAUUUCAGUACCUUGAUUUAACAUGCAGGCAUGUUUGAUUACAUUUCUUUUCUUCACUGUGUUGUCAUCUAUAGUGAGUUCCGAAAGUAUUGGGACAGCGACACAUUUGUUGUUGUUAUGGCACUGUACUCAUGUACUUUAGAUUUGAAAUGAUACAAUGACAAUGAGGUUAAAGUGCAGACUGUCAGCAUUGAUUUGAGGGUAUUUUUUAUCCAUAUCAGGUGAACCGUAUAGAAAUUACUGCACUCUUUGUAUGUAGUCCACCCAUUUUAGGGGACAAAAAUAUUGGGACAAAUUCACUUAUGUGUAUUCAAGUAGUCAAAAGUUAAGUAUAUAUUUAGUCCCAUAUUCAUUGGAUUACGUCAAGCUUGUGACUCAAAACAUGUGUUGGAUGCAUUUGCUGUUUGUUUUGGUUGUUUCAGAUUAUUUUGUGACCCAUAUAAAUUAAUGGUAAAUAAUGUAUUGUGUCAUUUUGGAGUCACUUUUAAUUGUGAAAAAAAAAAAACACUUCUACAUUAAUGUGGAUGCUACCAUGAUUACGGAUCAUCCUGAAUUAAAAGCAUCCACAUGAAUGUAGAAGUGUUUAGAAACAUAUUCUAUUCUUAUUUACAAUAAAAGUGACUCCAAAAUGACACAAUACAUGAUAUACUAUUCAUUUCUAUCGGGCACAAAAUGUCCUGUAAUUACUAAACGGUUCAGCCGAUAUGGAUGAAAAUACCCUCAAAUUAAAGCUGACAGCCUACAACUUCAUAGUCAUUGUAUCAUUUCAAAUCCAAAGUGCUGGAUUACAGAGCCAAAACAACAACAAAAAAGCUCACUGUACUUGUUGUUGUCAUGUUGGGCCACAGGAUGUGCUUUGGUUCUGAUAAAGAAGCUUAAAAUAGGUUAUAAUGUUUCAUGCUGGCUGACAAAUUGUUAACAAGAAACGUGUUUAGUUUACUAACUCAGAGACUGUACUACUCUCUACGCUACUGAGAUUUCAUGAAGGACUCCGGCAUUUUGAAGUUAGCCGGAGACAUUUCUGGCAGUUUUGACUGUAGUCAGUACAGUAGGUAGUGUAAAAUCUGGCAUUUGUGAGUGUGUGGGUGUGUAUGCAAGCAUUCAUGCCCACAAAUGUGUGAGUGAAUGAAUUAAUGGGACAAUUAUUUACUGUAUAAAAAAGGAAAUUAAGACAUGUUUCAAAUCCUGACUUAACCAUAUAUCAACUAACUCAGUUCCGGUUAAUAGCCAUAGUCCUCAUUUUUGGCCUAAUGUAUCCUCACAUAUCCCACACACAUGUAACUGUACAUGAAGCAAGCCAUUAGCUAUGAGAGAGAAAGGCAGUGCAUUGACCAGUCAUUUGGAUCACUUUGAUCUCCAUAAUUAGUGCUUAAUGUGCACUGUUCUGCUCCAUUGUGCCUCCACGCUAUAGCUUUUAUUCAGUAUGUAUGCCGUGGGUUUCAAUAUGUAAUUGGAAUUGCUGUUAGGAGACUUACUGGGUGCUUUAGUCUCCCUUGCCUUUUGAGAAAACCGAUAUGUCAUUCUGGCACAUAUUUUGAGACCAAUACAUGACCGUAGAGUUUGGUAUCUCCAUUCAUGAUACUAGCCUGUGUUGGAGAUCUCGUCUGAAUAUUAUGAUACCAAACUGAGUCCAAUUCAUUUUUGGAAUAAAUACGAUGCUGACAAUGGACAAAUGCUUAGUCAAUAACCCUCACUCUGCCUUAGCUCUGUCGACAAUAACAACAUAUCUCAUUUUCAGCUUUUCUGUUCCAGUUCUGUGUAAAAAUGAAAUCUACUGUAUUUACAGAGUUGAAUACCCUCAUCUGAAGGAAAUGAUAUUAGUAGUAACUAAGUGCUAUCUAUACUUGUAGGAGGACACUUUCAAAAAUCACUGUCAGUUAUAUGACUCAUAUCUAGAUCAUAUCGCUCAAGGCUCUAUGCUAUGCUGUGUAUCGCUCAUUUGUAAGAUGUCCUUUGUUUGUUUUCCAAUAACAGCCAAACAGUCUGUAACCACCUGUUGUCCUAUCUGUUGCUACUGUAUGUAUGUAUGUAUGUAUGUGUGUAUCAACAUGUCACUAAUCCAGAACAUAACCUACACUUUCAGUUACUUUUGUUUUUACUCCAGACUGCCCACUGUGAUGCAUUAGGACAUUUUGAGUGUGUAGAAAACCUUUGCAUGGAAAGAUGAAGGUUCUUUGAGUUUAUAUGGGUUAGUUAUCGCUCUAACCUCGUCUUAUGGUUGUACAAUACGUACUGCGUCAUGCUAGAGACAGUGCUUACAUUGGGUUCUUAGGUUUAUUUAUUGUGGUGUUCAUCAAAGUGUGGCCAAUAACAUUUAGGAUGAAACAGUUGAACAAUUGGGCUUCAACUGAAAGAGAACUUGGUUAUUGAUUGUCAGUGUGAUACAUAUAAUUUCCUUUAUAGGGCUAGUCGCUUCCCUUCUUUCAUGAAAAAGUAAUAUAUGGCAACAUAAGAUACAUUGUUAUUCUAAAUAUGUGGAAUGGAUUUUAAAGUCUAAAAAUAUGGAAUAUAUUACUCUAUGUAUGACUUUAGCAUUUCAGUGUAUGCAUACUGUAUGUGGAAUGAGUAUUAUUUCAGUACUUGUAAGGUGACAUGAGCCUGGCAAUAGUUUUAUCAUAAUUCAUGUAUUACUCUUUCUUCUUGGGAAUAUGUUAGAUUUAUUCCAUGUUUUCUAGUUAACUGUAUGAGGCUAAAAUGGAACUUGCUGGUCAUCCACUGAAACAUUUGACCUUUGUCUCUUUUUCAAAUUAGAUUUAUUUUCUUCUGGUUAACAUACAUG